CUUCGCUCCAAUUGAACACAAUUUUCUCGGUUCCUCUUUAUCAUUUAUUUAUUUUUUUUUGUCACUCAGUAAGGUGCAAGUGCUCACACAUUUAAAGAAAAAAAAAGUCUCCGAGUAGGACAGAAAAAAAAUAGUAAAAAUAAUAAAUUUUCUUGACUGACACUCGCAUGUGAUGUCAGACAUAGCACGCGAUAGUGGAAUUAUUGCAGAUGAUGAAUCAUCGGAGACGUCAUCAAUGCGUGCGUGUGACGAUUGUGGAAAAAUGUCUUAUGUACAAAAGUUGAGAAAAAGAUUUGAAAUUUUAUCAACGGGCAAGGAGAGUGGAUUCCAUCAGAGCUGUAAUUGGUGGCUGGAUGAUGAGCAUCAGCAUGAUGUCGACGAAGGAAAUGAAGAUAAUCCAGAGCCAGCUGACAGUAUCCAAAAUAAUGACACAAAUGAAGAUAAUAACCAAAAAUUACAGAACCAAACCUCAGUCGUCAGUGAGCGUUCCUUAAAAUCCCAAAAAUCCCACCAAUCACUUAAAAGUCAGAAUUCAGAAGUCAAUGAAGUCACACCUAUCUACCUGCCUCUGAUCACUUUCACAAAAUAUACUGAUCAGCAUGCUGAUGACAGUUUUGAGUCAGCUGAUGACCUAGAUGAGGAGGUUGAGGCUCAGUACAUUAGACAUUCAGCUAUGAAAAUCACAAUUUCAAGGCCGACUUCAAUUACAUCACAGCUUUCGAACAUUUCCACAUCAAAGCUUUUCAACAUAAUUCGAGAGCUUCAAGAAAAUGAAGAAAAUUACGUUCGAUCAUUAAAAAAUGGAAUUGUAAAUUACAUGACAGUGAUGAAUCGACGGGAGUUACCGAAAACCUUGCGUGGCCAAAAACAUCGAGUUUUUGGAAAUAUUGAAUCAAUUUAUAAAUUCCAUUGCAAUGAGUUUUACCCGAAAUUAGUUGAGUGCUGUGAGGAUGUCGAACAAAUUGCGGAAUUAUUUACGAGUUAUGUGACGCGAGAUUACUUUUAUGGCUAUAUUAUUUAUGCAAUUAAUAGGAAGCGAUCAGAACUGCUGUGCAAUUAUCAUGUACAUUAUUGGAAACAAAUUCAAAAUCAGUGCGGCGAUCGUUUAGGCAUCAACAGCUUCCUCCUACAACCAAUCCAAAGACUUCCUCGUUAUCAACUUUUACUUAAUGAAAUCAUCAAAGAACUCUCUAAAGACAUUGAAAAUACAAAACAGUCAAUUGCUGCGUGCUGUGUGGCUGAGAAAAAUAUCCAAAGAUUACUUGAUACGGUUAAUGAGUCAAUGAGUAUUAAUGAUGUUAGGAAUUGUUAUGAUAUUGACAUCCUAUGCCAAGGAAAAUUCAAGAAAAUGAACGAAUUUGACAUCUACGACUGGGAGCAGCGAAAGAAGUUCCGUGGCAAAGUCUUCCUAUUCGAGCGAUGCAUUGUCUUUACAGAAGCAUUAAAUCGUGAAUAUUUAGAGUACCGUGGACACUACGAAAGUGAUAAACUAGGAAUAAUCUACAAAGAAGGAAAGUCUAAAUUUAAAUUAUUUGCCAAGAAGCGCGGCUGCAAAGAGGUCGAAUUCCAUACAGACUUAAAUACUGUUGUUGAAUGGAAGACUGCAAUUACUGGAAUGUUAAUGGACUUUGUAGCAGCUGAAAAGAAACGCAACGUGAUGAACACGUUAAGAAGAAGCUCAUCAACAAAGUAUCGAUCAAUUCCUGACAGCAUUAGAAGCAGUAUUUUGAGCAACACCAGUAAUCAGAGUACUAUUAGUAUUGGCAGUAGUUACAGGAGCAGCACAAGUAGUGCUAGUAAGUCAAGUGACAAACUUAAUUCAUUUUUAGAACAGGAACGGAAUGCUUUUAAUUCAUAAUCAAUUUAAUAUAUUUUGUAGUGUUAUAAAUUUAAAUUAAAAAACUUAGUUGCAAAAUAUUAGUUUCCCUAGUGCUUAAAAUUAAGACAAUUUACAUACAGCUAGUUGCUAUGGCAACCCUUAUUAUUUUUAUUAUAAAAAGCACUCUAGCUUGUGCAUCAGUUAAGCCAAUUUUGAUCAAGAGUGUGGUCUUCGUGAGACCGAGUUCUGGAACUUCUGGUUCUUUGAUUUUAUCACUAGUGUCAGUAGUGUAGCUUUUUACCUUUAUAAAUAAUUUACCAUUCCAAACCAUCUUUAACCCAUCGAAGGCUAUGUCAAUAAGUAAAGUAAAUUAAUAUCUAGAUAUUCUUUUUGACAUUAUCAGCAGUUUUUCUCAAUCUACGCACCGCGACACGAUACUUUGUUGCCAAAACUUUUAGGCGAAUCGCGAAAUCAAAACAUAAAUUACAUUUAAAAUUAGUUUUAAGUUUUGCGGUUAAAUGCGUUUGAGAACUCCUGGCUUAUAAAAUCUUCAAUUUAAUAAUUUUUAUUAAUUCACAUUUAAAAUCAAAAUAAUUAAUAAACAUGCGUUUUU